CACCGAUCAACCCCUCCCUUCCGGCUGCAAGAUCUACUAGGUACCUGCAUGCAUGUUUACGGCGGGGCGUUCGCGAUAGGCCGUUCGGAAUAGUGAUCGGUAUUAAUGAUCAAGGAUUGGAUAUUAUCCAGUUGGGAACUGAGAGGAGAUUUUCCGAGAUGUGAGGUUUUUUGGUUGGGGUUUGUCAUUGUUUGGUUGGAAUGGUGGUGGUUAAGGAUACUUACCCCGCAAGAUGCCAAGAUUUUUAUCGAUGGCCAUUACAAGCAUGGAAAAUUUGAUGGUUUCUUCUUAUACUCUCUAGGCUGUGAUGCUAGGAAGAGAUUUGAAUAUUUUGUUUUGUAUUUUCGUUACGGUUUCCUUCACAGGCGAAUGUCCAAGGUUUCAAGAGAUGUUUUUUUCUGGUUUGGGAAAUAUCCAUAGGGGAAUCCUUCCAAGUGGACGAUAGAUAAAAUCCAAUCUGUGAAACAUGAAUUUUCUUCAUAUAAAUCAUUAAAAAGUCGUCUGUAUCCAAGUCUUCUCUCUCAGCA